GUUUUGGAUUUAGUUGUUGCUAAACGAAGAUAGAGAUAAGUCACACAGAACUGUGAUAAUUAAUAUGAAGCUCUUGAUGAUAAUAUUAUUUUUCCGUUUAAUACACUUUGGUAGAUCCUUUUACUGUUAUUGGAACACAGGGUGCCCAUAUAAAUAUUUAGCUAGCGAAACUCCAUACAAUUCUGUGAGGGGCGACAUAAGAGAUUCGAUUGUGAAGUUAGAAGGAUGUGAACCUGCAAGUAUUUGGGGUAUUUACAGACACGGAAAGCGAUAUCCAGUAAUGCCAGAAGGCAAUCUCAUGAAAGGUGGAAUUUCUAUUAAAAACUACAUUACAUCUAGUUAUGAGAAUGGACACAGUGGUAUGUGUGCCCAAGACGUCGACAAUUUGCGCAAUUGGGAAUAUAAUGAUAGAGUAUUUGAGAAUAAAGAAGAUUUAACUGAUGAGGGUCGUAAAGAAAUGAUGUUUCUCGGAAAGCGGUUUAGGGAAGCAUUUCCGGAUUUAUUGGAUGAAGUACAAAAGAGCACUUCUACAUUUAGAUCGGCUAAGGGUCCUUUAUUUGAAAAUAGUAUUAAAGAAUUAGUUAGAGGUCUGCAGGGGAAAGCGAAAUUGUCUAUUGACGAUCCCAAAUCUAGUUUUGAUGACAUAAAUCCACAUUUAAAUUGUAAGAAGUAUUUAAAUGAGGUCAGUAAUAAUUUCAACGUGCUCUCUGAAGUUGAGAAGUAUAUCAACACUUCGGAUUAUUUAGUGGUGAGUAAGACAAAAUAUAAUUAUACUUGUAAAACCCUGUACAAUCUGUGCCGAUACACUUGGUCGGGGAUAGACACCAGAGUGAGUCCCUGGUGUGCAAUCUUCACAAAAGAUGACUUGCAGGUUCUCGAAUACGAAGAGGAUCUACAACAUUAUUUUAAAAAUGGCUACGGUUCGCCGAUAAAUGAAAUUCUUGGACGCAUCCCUCUAGCCAACUUAUACGAAACGUUCGAGGGAGCGAAGAAUGGAAAUGGAAAGAGAUUUGUUGCUUAUGUAACGGAUGAUACGACGAUAGAACAAAUAUAUAGUGCUAUUGGGUUGUUCAAAGACAGCAAACCUUUAAGUGGCGUGAAGCAAGAUCAUGAUAGGAAAUGGAGGAGCAGUAUUAUGUCCGCCUUCUCAGCAAAUUUCGUCGCCGUGUUACACAGAUGCAGAAAUGAGCGCACCACAGAUUAUAACGUGGUGUUUUAUAUGAACGAAGAACCCGUCAUAUCGAUCUGCGAGGACGGCGUCUGUUCGUGGCAAGAAUUUCAAAACAAAUUGCAGUCAUUUGUCAACACAACUUUCGAUAUUUGUAAGGAAUAA